AUGGAGUCACAUGAUGGUAGUGCCUCCAAGCAACAUCAAUAUCCGUCAAGCUUACUUUUCAUCAAUACAAUAAUUAAUGGAAAGUGUAUUCGAACAAUGAUUGAUACCGGUGCCACAACAUCUUUGAUCAAAAGAUCGACAUUACUUCGUGUAAAUUAUUAUCAUCACACAUAUGGUACUAUGGGAGAUAUUACCUUGGGCGAUGGUAAAACAACAUUUUGGCAAUAUGGCUCAAUAAACAUGCGGACUAAAAUCAAUAAUAUCAAAACAAGAGUAAAAGUAAUGGUGGUCGAUGAUUUAGCUGCUGACUUCAUUCUUGGCAUGGAUUGGAUUAAAUAUUAUCACGUGGAUAUUUUGCCCAGAAAAAGACAAUUACGAAUUCAUUAUCGGCGACAACAAAUUAUAGUAAAGUUCGAUGAAGAUGUACCGGUCGAUGUCAAGGUAGCUCAAGAAUAUAAAAUUUUUCCAGGAACGAACUGUAUUGUUAAAGUAAAAACUUCUUUAAUUGACGCUAAUCAUCUCUAUUUUAAAGCUUUGGACCAUGAUUCUCAACAAAAAGAAAGGCAUAUCAGUAGACGAUGGACUAGUGAGAGUUAA